AAAACGGAAGAGUGACUGGAAGUCCUAAACCCAAACAAAAGCCCGCCAUCGUUCACAAUUUUCUUCCAUCAAAAACUAUAAAAAAAACCCUAAUUUGAAAACUUCCGUCCCCAAAUUCCAAUUUGCCCGCCAAGAAACGUCGAAGAAUUUGAGGCAGCAACACAAGAAACCCUUAAUAAGAUUCAAUUUUUCUUCUUCUGUAUAAUACAAUUUAAACAAUCGCCGGUCCAAAAUACAGGGAAUGGAAGAACAAGGUGGAUCUGAAGAUAAGCAGCCUGUGGAUCUUUCCAUUCACCCCUCUGGCAUUGUUCCCACUAUUCAUAAUAUUGUAUCUACAGCUUUUUUGGGUUGCAAGCUGGAUCUCAAGCAAAUUGUGUUGCAAGCUCGGAAUGCAGAGUACAAUCCCAAGCGUUUUGCCGCGGUCAUUAUGAGAAUAACGGAACCAAAAACUACAGCUUUGAUAUUUGCCUCUGGAAAUAUGGUAUGCACAGGUGCGAAAAGUGAAGAGCAGUCAAAACUAGCAGCAAGGAAGUAUGCUCGAAUCAUCCAAAAGCUUGGGUUUGCUGUUAAGUUUCAGAGAUUCGAGAUUAGAAAUAUUGUUGCGUCCUGUGACGUUAAAUUCCCAAUAAGACUUGAGGGCCUUGCAUACUCCCAUGGUGCCUUUUCAAGUUAUGAGCCAGAAAUUUUCCCAGGGCUGAUAUAUCGCAUGAAGAUGGAGCAGAAGGAGCCACAGGAGUUGGAGCUGCCAAAGAAGAAGAAGAAUGUUGUUCUUCUUAUAUUUGUGUCGGGGAAAAUUGUUAUUACUGGUGCAAAGGUGAGAGAGGACACGUAUAAGGCGUUCGAGAACAUGUACCCUGUCCUUACAGAGUUCAGGAAGGUCCAGCAACAGUAAUGCUGUUUCCAGUAGACACGUCUCGCAACGUAGCUCCGGUGCUGUUGGUUGGCAAUGUCUGCUUCAACAUUUUUGCUCAUCUCUGGUCAGUUGCUGAAAGGGUUAAUGGUUCGAUUUGGACCGGUUUCACCUGAAAGCAAACCAAACCAAUAUUCGGCAAUUUUGCGGAUUUGGCGGUUUAGGCGUACGCGUUUAAUUCUUAAAUUUUUUUGGCAACUUAGCACAAUUAUGGUCAUUACAAAGAUAUAUGAUCUUUUUUUCACAUUGUUCAAAUUAAUUGUAAUGUGAAAUGAAACAUAAUAGUUUUAUACUCGCGUGUUUUUGCAAUUUUCCUCUUACCAGCUUCCAAGCAUAUAAAGUUUACAUUGUAUCAA